CCACAGUGGGGCACACCACCUCUCCGGAACCUGAGCGUCUGCUUUUGCGGUUCCGGUCGGAAUUACAAAGCGGCGCACGCCGACAUGGCUGCGCUCGUAGUGAGAGGUGUUCGGGACAUGCUGAAGCGUGCGGACUUUGCGACGGUCCAGCGGAGACAACGACAUAAGAAGAAAUGGGCUUCCACAGAGCCCAAAUUUCCUGCUACUCGACUGGCUCUGCAGAAUUUUGACAUGACCUACAGUGUGCAAUUUGGAGAUCUCUGGCCGUCGAUCCGGGUCAGUCUCCUCUCAGAGCAGAAGUAUGGUGCACUGGUCAAUAACUUCGCUUCUGGGGAUCAUGUGAGUGCUGAGCUGGAGCAGCUGAAGGCCAGGGACUUUGUGAAUGACGCGAUCUUCCACCGGGAACCAGAGCCUGAGAAUAGCCAAACUGCUGCUCCAUCCCCUGCGUCCUGGGCUUGCAGUCCAAAUCUUCGUUGUUUUACUUUCACCAGAGGGGAUGUCAGCCGUUUCCCUCCUGCCAGGCUUGGCAGCCUGGGUCUCAUGGAUUACUACCUGAUGGAUGCUGCAUCCUUGCUGCCUGUCCUGGCCCUUGGCCUGCAGCCUGGUGACACCGUGCUUGACUUGUGUGCAGCCCCUGGGGGAAAGACAUUAGCAUUGCUUCAGACUGGCUGUUGCCGUAAUCUCGCUGCCAAUGAUCUCUCCACGUCACGAAUGAGCAGGCUACAGAGGGUCCUUCACAGCUAUGUGCCACAAGAUGUCAGGGAUAAGAAUCGAGUUCGAGUCACAUCAUGGGAUGGCAGGAAGUGGGGAGAAUUGGAGGGGGACACCUAUGACCGGGUGCUAGUGGAUGUGCCUUGUACCACAGACCGCCACUCCCUUCAUGAGGAGGAAAACAACAUCUUUCAGCGUUCGAGGAAGAAGGAGCGGCGGAUGCUGCCUAUGUUGCAGGUGCAGCUUCUUGCGGCUGGACUCCUUGCCACCAAACCAGGAGGCCACAUUGUCUAUUCCACCUGCUCACUUUCACACUUACAGAAUGAGUAUGUGGUGCAAGGUGCCAUCGAGCUCCUGGACAAUCAAUACAGCAUCAAGGUUCAGGUGGAAGACUUGACUCACUUCCGAAAGCUUUUCAUGAACACAUUUUCUUUCUUCCCAUCCUGCCAAGUUGGGGAGCUGGUAAUCCCAAACCUCAUGGCCAAUUUUGGGCCUAUGUACUUUUGCAAAAUGUGUAGAAUGACGUAGCAUUGCCCUGUUCCUGAAGUCCUGGUAUAGGAAGACUGGGUGUACUCUUGUGGAGACCAGUGGUUAAUCUCCAUCCCAUUCAAGCCUUUCUAUAGAUGGUUUUCAGCAGUAGGAAAUAGGAGUUUUUCUGUCCUGCUGUCCAAUUGUGGAGCAUCAGCAGGUUUCUAACUCACUUAUUGUACCCCACUUCCAAUCCCCGCUCCCCAUCUUUGAGCCUGUGCUAAAGGUUCCUGCCCCACUAGGGGUUUUGGAGGAGGAACCAGUGAUGCUGUAAACUUGGGAAGAAGUGUUUAGCCAAUAAAACUGUUGAAGCUCCAUGGAGCUGGGGCUGAAGUUGGGGGUGGUCUCAUGUCAGUCCAAGUUUUGUUAGUUCCUCUUGUACCAGGUGCUGCUAAUGAGCACUAACUCUCAGGUACCCAGAGUCCAGGACCUCAGCCUGGUUACAGGCCUCUGGUUACUGAACCUUUCUCACAGUUGAGAUGAGUUUUGCGUGAUAAGUCUUGAGCAGUUGAAGGACCUACGCAAGCCUGCCAAGUUUCUCCAUAUGGCCCUUGAUCUGAUUUCAGGAACGAGUAACUGAAAAUGUUAAGCCAGUGCAUUAUAAUCUGCUUACUUACAUUAAGAAAGCUCUCCAGAGCCAAAUAAUUCCAGGCAUCCUCCUACUGUCAACAGCUCUGUUGCCCAAAUGUGGCUGGGAAGCUGCUUCUGCCACAGGGCUGUGAUACUCUGUUGUGUGUUUCUUCCCUUGUUCACUCCUCUAGUAAGUAUUCCUUGAGCUCCUGUAUGACAGGUGGCCAGGGAACUGCUGGGGAUGUAGUGUUUGGGACUGUGGGAGAAAAUGAGGCCUCUUCAUUCUUCAGAAUGGCAGCUCUCUGAGCACCUAGGAAUUGCCUAAUGUCUUAUUUUGUUAUCUUCAGGUUUUUUUUUUUUUUUUUCUUGUUCCUGGUGCAUGACUAAGCUCUGUUGCUAGUUCUCUGGCUAAGCCUCAAAUCCCUCAGAGCUCUUCUCCCAGCAUCACAGGCUGUCACCUCACAGUGUGUAUUUGGAGCAAUAUUGAAUUGAUGCUUUUGAACUGUGGUGUUGGAGAAAACUCUUGAGAGUCCCUUGGACUGCAAGAAGAUCCAACCAGUCCAUCCUAAAGGAGAUCAGUCCUGGGUGUCCAUUGGAAGGACCGAUGUUGAAGCUGACACUCCAAUACUUUGGCCACCUCAUGAGAAGACUUGACUCAUUGGAAAAGACCCUAAUGCUGGGAAGGAUUGGGGGCAGGAGGAGAAGGGGACGACAGAGGAUGAGAUGGUUGGAUGGCAUCACCGACUCGAUGGACAUGGGUUUGGGUAGACUCCGGGAGUUGAUGAUGGACAGGGAGGCCUGGCAUGCUGCAAUUCAUGGGGUUGCAAAGGGUCGGACACGACUGAGCGACUGAACUGAAUGCCUGACUGUUAGUUGUGUUAUUUUUGUAACUUUAACACAAAGAAGGCAGUUCUUUAAAGGUAGGGAUAUUAAAAAUUGCUUAUGGUCACUUGCAGAUACUAUUUUUUUUAUUAAAUUUUUUUUUCUGAAAAACUGCUUCUUGCAUGGAAGAGGAUUCUUCCUACUUUGCUUAACCCUUCUCUUCCUAGUCUGUCUCUCCUUUUGUUCUUUAAGCCUUUCCUGCUAAUCCUUGUUUGGGUAUUAGAGGUGUCAGCUGAGAAGGAUUUUAGAUGAGGUUAAGCCUUUCCUUUCUUGGAAUUUGCAUCAUAACUGAGGGCCCUGAAAGAUCUUUCAGACUCAAAAUCAAGCAAAGCUAGGAAGAUGGAGCUCCAGGGAGUAGGACUUUAAUUAGCUUCCAUGUGUGCUGUGUAGUUCCUGCCUGCUGCUUACUCAACAUUCAGUAUUUGCUGAGGCUUGGACGCCUUAGGUGCCUGGGUUUCUUCCCUUGGCCUCCUGGAUAGCCAGCCUGGUGCUAAUUAAAUGCUAAGCAGUGAUAAUUCGAGGGGAUAGUGUCUCCUGCAGUUGGGGUCGAAAUCUAUUUGGGGACAGAGAGACGCAGAUAAGAAAAGCAGAGAUCUACUUUGGAAAAUAGUUUGAUUAUCUCCUGUAAUUGAAUGUUUACCUACAACUCACUUAUUACAUUACUAGGGAUAAAUCCAAGAGAAACUCUUACAUGUACAUCAGGAGAUACAUACAAGAAUGUUUUCAUCACAGCCCUGGUCACAAAAGCAAACCCAAAUACCCAUGAGCAAGAGAGUGAACAAAUAAACUGGACUGUUCACACAAUGGAAUAUUAUACUGGUUUCGAAACAAGUGAACUACAGUGACACAUAAUAAUACGAAUGAUUCUUAGCAAUAAAAUAUUAAAUGUUAAGUCCCAAAGAUUAAAUGUAGCAUGAUACUAAAAAUUUUUUUCUUUUUUGUUAUUAUUUACACACAAUAUAAUUUAUCAGUACUAAAUGGACCAUUUAAAUGUAUUUGAUAAUUCCUUAUAAUAGUAUAACCAUCAUCACCAUCAAAAUAUAGAAAACAGUUCCAUCUCCUGAAAUGUUUUCUUAUGCUCCUUUGCACUUAAUUCCUUUCCCUAAUCCCUGGUUCCAGGUAACCACUGAUUUGCUUUUUGUCACUAUAGUUUUGCCUAUUCUAGAAUUUCACAUUAUGGAAGAGAGUUGAUUUACAGCUGGAUUGGAAAAGCUCUGUUUAUCUAUCUGGAUGUCUGGUUUUUCACUGUUGGCCCUGAAGAAGGAAUUCAUAGGGCCUGGACUCCAUCUCAGGCCUGUCCAUGCUGAUUGUGCUAGGCCGCCUCUUCAAUGGACUCUGAACUCUGUGCUUAGCGCCUGUGGGAAUGACAAUGGAAGGAUAAGACCCCAUCUGGGCAGGGGAAUCUUGAAGAUCAUAUCCAGGUUACUCAUUGCCUAAGAGAAAACAGACACUAAUCACCCCUGCCUCCAGACAGUAUCUAUCAGAAUGUAACCACAGGCUUAUUGAUUAUUAACUGUUUGAACACAUAACACGUGAAUGAUGGAGUUAUUGUGGUUGUAUUUACCCUUUCUUUGUAAGCCUCAAGGGAUUUGGGCUGGUGGGUUUGGACAUGUACACAUGGGGUAUAAAAGAUUUUCACAAAUGCUGGUCAGGGCCCUUGGCUAAGAGGAGACUCUGCCUUGGGCCCACUGGUGUAAUAAACUGCACUCCACUAUCUGCAUUGUCCUUCUGAGUGAGUUUGUUUCCCGGAAAGGAUGGCUAUAACAUUUGGUGCGUUGGCCGGGAAACUCCUCAUUUUGAGGAGAUAGGUAUCAUUUGAGGCCACCCCGAGGCUUUGUAGCAUGAAUCUCCUAGAGGGGGGAAGGUGCCUCGCCCCUCUGGAAGGAUUCUGUUUUUCAAUGCCCGGACCUUUCACGUCAGCAGGUAGUGGACAGCAGCAGGGGAACUGAGCUCUCAGGUGAGGAGGAACCCACCCAGGAGGGUGGAAGAGGGGGCCUGAUCACCCCCCUGGGAGGGACUAGAAGGAGCGGGGGACCCACAGGAGCCUGGAAUAGGCAGGUGGCGAUUGCUUGGUACACAGGUCGAUGGGCAUGCUAGGGUUUAGGAAGGAAAUUUGUGAAGGUCAUUUAGGAGGUGUGUCCACGCCAUCUCGGGGAAAAUUAUUACCAAGCGAUCGCCAGGGGAUUUUUAGGAUAGGAAACUGGUCCUUGUAUGCUCGUAUUCUGCCCUCCCCCAGGAGGUGUCCUGUCUGCUGUGAAAUUCUUGACCCCCUCGGAAUUGUUAGGGUAGAAGGAGGGGGAUACAGAAGUGAGUAUGAAUUGGCUUUUCCGGAGAUGGCCUGGGACAUGGGAUAUUUAACCCUUCUCUGUUUUCAUCCGCACCUGAUCAAGCCCACCGAGGCAGAAUGGACUUUAAGGGAGAAACAGUCUUGGACCAUGUGAUGUUCUGGUUCACCUGUGCUGACCGGCAGGUGAAGACACGCCGAUCCCCCUUCUCCCACUGGGGUCUGGCAGGUAAGGCUCUUUUCACCCCAAUUAGGAAGGAGGCAGAAUAGCAAUUUAAGUGUCACUGAGUGGAAAUAUCAGAAGUACAUAGGGUACUGAGAACUUCGUAGACAAAGGAAAAGUAGAAGAAGGUCUGAGAAGGUAAGCAAGAUGGUGGAGAAGUGAAUCUAAGGCAACUGUAUUGGAGUGAAAAUUUUAAAGAAGGGAUUAGGAGGAGACUAUGGGGUGAAGAUGAAGCCUAACUGCCUCCACAUACUCUGUGAGGUCGAAUGGACCCCUAUGGCAGCAGGAUGGCCACCAGAGAACACCGUGGACUUAAAAAUAGUGGAAGCAAUCUAUACAGUAGUCACAGGAGAGCCAGGACACCUGGAUCAAUAUCCAUCUAUUUCAUGGCUAGGGUUAGCUUGAGACCCUCCUACUUAGACAAGGUUCUGUAUCCAGAAGGGAAAUGGAAAAAUAUUAAUGGCACAAAAAUUGACUGAUGAUAAAAUAAGGAAAUUCUACAGGAUUUGGACGGGGAUGACCUGACCCCUCCCCUAUGCUGGAUAAUGACACACCUGCCUCCCAGUGCUUCACCAGGACUGGAGGCAGCCUUAAUACCUGAUCCAGGGCCAGUUGAAGUUUCUGCAACAGCCACUGCUCCUCCGCCAGCUUUCCCGGAGUUCGUAGAGCCGCCAUUUGGGCAGGCUCCGAUCCCAGUGACAGAAGCCUCUGGCCAACACUUCGAGCAUCCGGCUCCAACCGAACCGCCCAAGCUAUACCCGCCUCUCCCCGUGAGUACUGACAAGAAGGGGAGGGAGACGUUGGAAUUAAGCAGAGACUGUGCUCUGCCAGAGAGCCAAGGGAAUGAAAGAGAACAGACAAGAGACUUACAGUGCAAGCUGCUGCUCUGGGAAAGUCUAUCUUGGGAUCUUCGGAAAACCUCAUCUGCCCCAGGGACAGGACGGUCCUUCAGCCGGUCCCAAGGGAGGCCCUGGGCCCGUUACAGCCAAACCAGUGUGCCCGGUGCCAAGGUUUUGGCCACUGGAAGAAUGAAUGCCCUAAGGCAAGGAAGGAAGAGGAAGCUCUCGUAGUUGUGGGGCUUGCUGACUUGGAAAUUAACUAGGGCUGCCAGGGUUCAGAUAUCAGGUCCCUGAGAGCCCAUGGUAACCUUAAAAGUGGGGGAACAAAACAUUGACUUCAUGGUGGAUACAGGAGCAGAACUGUCGGUGGUAACAAAACCUGUGGCACCACUAUCCAAAAAGACUACCCAUGUAACUGGGGUAUCGGGAGAAGAGAUGAUUAAAUCGUUUUGCCAGUCCAGAAAAUGUCAGAUGGUGGUGGGGGGGGGGGGGGGUACCAAGUGAUUCAUGAAUUCCUCUACAUUCCUGAGUGCCCAGUACCCCUGUUGGGAGGAGACUUGCUCUCAAAACUAGGAGCACAGGUGACUUUCUCCCCUGAGGAGAGGCCUGCCUUCUGGACGGACUCUGACUUAUUUACCCUCUCUCACUGCCAACCCAAGAUGAGUGGAGGUUGCAUGAGCCUCUGAAGGCAGAACCAGGUGGGCCGGAAGAGCGUGAGCAAGCUAACUCAAUUGUUCCCUGAGAUCUGGGUGGAAGACAACCUCCCUCCCCCCAGGCUGGCUGAACAUCACGCCCCAGUGAUAAUGGAACUCAAACCAGGCACCAUCCCGGUUAGAGGGCGCCAGUACCCGCUAUGGAUGGAGGCCUGAACUGGCAUAUUGCCCCACAUCAAUAGAUUGAAACAAGCAGGCAUUCUAGUAGAGUGCCAGUCGGCUUGGAAUACACCAAACCUGCCAGUCAAAAGGGAAGGAGGACAGGACUAUAGGCCUGUACAAGAUCUCAGGCUAGUCAACCAGGCUACUGUGACUUUACACCCCACUGUUCCAAACCCCUGUACCUUACUUAGCCUCCUCCCGCCGAGGACUAAAGUUUACACUUGCCUAGAUCUCAAGGAUGCCUUCUUCUGCAUACACCUCGCCCCAGCGUCACAGCCCAUCAUUGCUUUUGAAUGGGAAGAUCCAGUCGGGAGCACCAGAUAACAAAGGCUAACUCCACAGCCAUCUUUGGGGAAGCCUUGGCUUCUGAUCUGGACUCAUUCCAUCCGGAAGAGUAUGGAUGUCAGCUACUACAAUACGGGGAUGACCUGAUGACCUGAUGACCAGGAUGACCUGCUGGCUGCCUGAGACCAAGGAAAAAUGCUGGAAAGGGACAAAUGCACUGCUCCAGCUGUUGAUGGAAGCAGGUUACCGGGUGUCGAAGAAGAAGGGACAGAUCUACAAAGAGGAGGUAAGGUAUCUGGGGUUUGUUUUAAAGAAGGGCUCAAGGUUCCAGACCUUAAUUGGGUCCUAUAUACUGAUGGCACUAGCCUGAUAAAACAGGGACAACAGCUCUCGGGUAUUCCAAAGUGGAAGGGGACAUCAAGACUGAAAAGAAAUGGUGGGAAUUGCCAAGUGGCAAAUUACUGGUACCAGAGGAGCUGGCACACACUCUGGUAAGCCAAACACACCAAGUGACCCACCUAGGCCAUGCUGCCUGCUCACAGGUUAAUGCUGCCUCUCGGGUAUUCAGACAAAAACCUCCGGGUAUUCAGCUGAAAGGCACACUGCCUCUUGAACACCUGGGAGUGGACUUCACUGAAAUGAAACCUCACCGACACUACCGUUACCUGCUGGUCAUGGUAUGUGCAUUCUUGAGAUUGGUAAAAGCUUUUCCUACCUGGACUGAAAGAGCAUCAGAAGUAGCCCGGUGCCUGCUUAGGGAAAUGGUUCCCAGAUUUGGAUUUCCUACCAGCAUUGGAUCAGGCAAUGGCCCGGCUUUUGUAGCUGAUUUAGUACAACAAGUAAGCAAAACUUUAAACUGUACACUGCAUAUAGGCCCCAGAGUUCUAAGAUGGUGGAAUGAACCAACCGGACACUUAAAGAGACUCUCCAAGUGGAUCAGAGAGACUGACUGCUCCUGAGUGGACUUGCUUCCAAUGGCUUUGCUCAGACUCAGGAUGACCCCACAGUCCCAAGGCUAUUCUUCAUACGAAAUUGUGUAUGGAAGCCCUCCUCCCAUAAUAAAACAAUUGUCAACAAAUUUGCCUCAGGUAAGGGGGAAUAGGAUUUCACAGCAGAUGGAACUGGGUAAGGUAAUAAAUCGGGUAACUAAGUUUGUACAACAAAGGGUGCCGUUCCCCCUUGGGGAACAGAUUCAUGAGUUUACACUUGGUGACCAAGUACGGGUCAAAGAUUGGAAACAUGAUUUGCUAGCCCUUUGGUGAAAGGGCCCUUAUGUUAUUCUAACUACCCCUACUGCAGUUAAAGUUGCAGGUAUUGUCCCUUGAUCCAUCACGCCAGAGCGAAGAAGGCAUACCUCGCUGACCUGGAGGACGCCGAGUGCACCACCCAGAAGGACCCCACCGACCCACGGGAAACCAAGAUCGUUCUGAGGAGGAAGAAGAAAACGAGGUCCCGGACAAGCCCUCUACAGGAUGGAGCUAGUCAAACGACUCCUGCUGCUCGGCCUCACCAAUGCAAUUCUGAACUUGGGUAUGUGGGGCUAUGCCCCUGUCAGUAAUGGACAGACUCCCCUGGUGGGUAUCGCCACUUCCUUAUGGGGACUUUAACAACAGAAAGAAAUUUUCCUCUCUCUUACCAACCAUAACCUUUCUUUGCUCUCCUGGUGUAAGAAGAAGCCAUCAAUGGGCCAGGGACAUAGGGUUACAUUUAACAUGAACACCAGCCUUACGGAGAUAACAAAGGCUUAUACCUCAUAUAUGAGAAUUAAAGAGGAAAAGGGCUCCCUUACAAAAGGGGGACAGGCCUCCCGGUACCUUGAGCAUACUACCAGGUCUGGGAUGAAUAUUUCUGGAUGACUCCUGAGAAAAGACAGUUGAUUGCCCCUGCUACUGUUUGCUAGGAACAAAAAGAACAGAAAGUUGGAUUUGGAGACCGUCCCCUAGACCCAAAAGAAUUGUUAUUUGUCCCCUGAACAAAGUAAACAAAUCUUGGAAGUUACCUAUCACCCCAAUCAGUCUGCUCAGUGGCCCGGUUCCAACUGGAAAUGUAAUCCUGGAAUCCGCUGGGUAGCCCCCAAUGGGACCCAGUGGCUCUGUGGGCUUAACUUAUGGCCAUGGUUACCAGUUGGCUGGGUGCGGCGUUGCACAUUAGGAUUUGCUUUCGCCCAUGGCAGAAUUAAGCCUAGCCUACAUCAGCCUCCAGUAAACCUGCCUUAUCUGCAUGCAAGAUGGACACAAUCCGUGUUCCAAUGGUAUGACUAUCUUGCUGCCUUGUUUGUACCCUCUGUAGGGACAACGGAUAUCAUGGUUAAGGUAGAGGCCUUAACUAAUUUCACUAAACAGGCCCUCUUAGACAGUACUAAAGCCAUUCAAGCUUUGAAUGAACAACAGAUUCAGAUGAGGAAGGCAGUAAUUCAAAAUAGGAUGGCAUUAGACAUACUCACAGCAGCCCAAGAAGGGACUUGCGCAAAUGUUGUGUGUACAUCCCUGACCUGUCUGAAGAUGUAUCUACUGCCUUGGAGGAUAUGCAAAAUCAAGUGAAAGCCAUGUCUAAUGAACUGUUGUUAUAGUAAUCUUGAUCAUACUGCUUUGUGGGCCCUGCUUCCUAGAAUGCCUUGUGAAUUUUGUAACCCAGAGGUUGAUAGCAUUCUCUCAUGUGGGUGGCAGGAGGGCUAAGGUACAAUAUAUCUCAAUAAAUGAUGCUCAUUAUGGAAACUAAGAGCAUUAAGAGGGGGGAAUGAAGAAGGAAUUCAUAGGACCUGGACUCCAUCUCAGGCCUGUCUGUGCUGAUCAUGCUAGGCCGCCUCUCCAAUGGACUCUGAACUCUGUGCUUAGCCCCUGUGGGAAUGACAAUGGAAGGAUAAGACCCCAUCUGGGCAGGGGAAUCUUGAAGAUCACAUCCAGGUUACUCAUUGCCUAAGAGAAAACAGACACUAAUCACCCCUGCCUCCAGACAGUAUCUAUCAGAAUGUAACCACAGGCUUAUUGAUUAUUAACUGUUUGAACACAUAACACGUGAAUGAUGGGGUUAUAGUGAUUGUGUUUACCCUUUCUUUGUAAGCCUCAAGGGAUUUGGGCUGGUGGGUUUGGACAUGUACACAUGGGGUAUAAAAGAUUUUCACAAAUGCUGGUCGGGGCCCUUGGCUAAGAGGAGACUCUGCCUUGGGCCCGCAGGUGUAAUAAAUUACACUCCACUAUCUG